AUGAAGCUGUUGCCAAUUUUUGUGGCAAGUGUUUUGGGACAGCAAAUCCCAUUUUUUGAUGAGAUUGACAAUGCCGGGAAAGGUUUGCUUGACCGGAAGAACGGGUACGAGAUUGCUUCCGCCGUCCUUGGGGAGAAGUCAGGUGAGGCUGCCGUGCAGGAGGCAUUGAACGAAUUGUGGUCCACGAACCCCAAUCUUUUCAAGAAGCUUAUGGAUCCGUACUUUGGCUCGGGUGGUAAGCCUGCUCAGGUUACCCGCCGCACCGAAUGGGAUUUCCAUGUCAAGGACCCCAACUUUGCCAACUACGAACUGCGAGUCAAGAACCCCAAGUCCCUGGGCGUGGACAGUGUGAAGCAGUACUCGGGCUAUCUUGAUGUUCUCGACGAGGACAAGCACUUUUUCUUUUGGCUGUUCGAGUCCCGCAAUGACCCUGAAAAUGACCCCGUGGUUCUGUGGCUGAACGGCGGCCCUGGAUGCUCGUCGUCCACUGGUCAGUUCUUCGAGCUCGGACCUUCUUCAAUUAAUGAAAAUUUGACUCUGGACUACAAUCCCUACUCCUGGAACAACAAUGCGACUGUUAUUUUCCUUGACCAGCCUGUCAAUGUGGGGUACUCGUACUCUUCUCAGCGCGUCAAGACGUCAAUGGCAGCAGGUGAGGACGUUUAUGCGUUCUUGUCGUUGUUUUUCGAAUCGUUCCCCCAGUACAACACUCAGGAGUUUCACAUUUCUGGAGAGUCGUAUGCGGGACAUUAUAUUCCGGCUAUUGGUAAGGCAAUUAUCGACCAUCCUGAGCGUAGUUUCAAUUUGACGUCAUUGUUGAUUGGCAACGGUAUUGUUGAUGCUCUGAAUCAAGCUGAGGCGGCUGUUGGGAUGCAGUGCGGCCAGGGCGACUUCCCUGCCUUCCAGACGCCGGAAACUUGCGACGCAAUGUACAAAGAUUUACCGCGUUGUGAGUUCCUGAUGCAACAAUGCUAUAAUACUGAGUCGCGUUUGGUUUGUAUUGCGGCAACUACCUAUUGCCAGCGCUCUGCCACCAAAUUCCUCGAGACCGGUCGCAACCCUUACGAUGUUCGGGAGGUGUGCUAUGAUUCGUGCUAUCCUGAAACUGGCUACAUUGAAGAGUACAUGAACCAAGACUUUGUCAAGGAAGCGGUCGGCGCGGAAGUUGACAAGUUUGUUGGAUGUGAUUCACAAGUUGGGUCUGAAUUCUAUUUCGCGGCCGACGAGGCUGUCAACUUCUCGCCUGUAGUUGCUGAGAUUAUUGACGCUGGUGUUCCCGUUCUCAUCUAUGCCGGUGAUAAGGACUGGAUUUGCAACUGGUUGGGAAACCGUGACUGGACUGAUCGCAUGGAGUGGCCUCACCAAGAGGAGUUCUUGUCUGCAGAGACCAAUCACUGGUAUGUUGAUGGCAAGAAAGCCGGAACAGUCAAGACAGCCGACUUGUUGACGUAUCUCCGUGUUUAUGAUGCCGGACACAUGGUUCCCUAUAAUCAGCCCGAGCACGCUUUGUCCAUGUUGAACAGCUGGGUUUCUGGAUCUGGUUUCGAGUCUCACGACAGUUCCGAUCCGCACAAGCCUCACAAGCCUCACAAGACUCAUGAACCUCACAGACCUCAUGAAUCCCACAAGCCUCAUAAGCCUCAUAAGCCUCAUGAACCCCACAAGCCUCAUGAACCCCACAAGCCUCAUGAACCCCACAAGCCUCAUGAACCUCACAGACCUCACGAACCUCACAGGCCUCAUGAACCCCACAAGCCCCACGAACCCCACAAGCCCCAUGACCCCCCGAAGGACCACAAGGGCAAGCAUAAGGAUGGCAAAGGCUUCUUCUGGAGCAUGAUGCACCGCGCUCGCAAGCACCUGCCCUGUCACGACGACACGGACUAA